GGCCCCGCCCUUUCCGCCCCGCCCGCCCCUCCGCCCUGUCUCUCGGCGGCGGCGGCGGUGCCUCGCGCGGCUCGCGGGCUCGCUAUAUAAAGGGGAGACGCGAGCGGACGGACGGCUGGGGCUGCAGCCGGUGGCGGCAGCGGCGGCGCGGGGAGCGGUGACCGGUGGUUUCCCUCCUUGGCACGGGGUGGGGAGUGGGCAACGCCCCCGGGACCCCUCAAGGGGCUUGGCUUUUUUUUUUUUUUUUAGGGCAUAUCUCGAGGUUUUUAGCUGCGGGAGGAGAGUGUCCCCUUCCUGUUCCUCUCACCGCUUCCCCCCAACCCCCUUCAGAAUCGAUUUUAAUUUUUUUCCUUUUUUUUUUUAAUUUUUGGCUUCAAUCUGUGGUGACUUGAGUCACCCUCCAGGUGUUUUUUUUUUUUUCUUCCUCCCUUUGGUUUUUUUUUUUUUUCUCGUGUGUGUUUGUUUGUUUUCCCGGGGUUUUGCUCCCCUCUUGUUUGUGUUGUGUGUGGAAAUGGCGAACUCGGCAAAUACAAACACCGUGCCUAAAUUAUAUAGAUCUGUGAUUGAAGAUGUUAUUAAUGACGUGAGAGACAUCUUUCUGGACGAUGGAGUAGACGAACAAGUCCUGAUGGAACUAAAAACUUUAUGGGAAAAUAAACUAAUGCAGUCUAGGGCAGUAGAUGGAUUUCAUUCAGAAGAGCAGCAGCUUUUGUUGCAAGUUCAGCAGCAGCAUCAGCCGCAGCAGCAGCAGCAUCACCACCACCACCACCACCAGCAAGCGCAGCCCCAGCAGACGGUACCUCAGCAAGCCCAGACCCAGCAGGUCCUUAUUCCUACGUCACAGCAAGCCACAGCACCACAAGUUAUUGUUCCCGAUUCUAAGCUGAUACAACACAUGAAUGCCUCAAAUAUGAGCGCUGCUGCUACAGCUGCUACGUUAGCACUCCCGGCAGGUGUGACUCCUGUUCAACAGAUAUUAACAAAUUCAGGCCAGCUUCUUCAGGUGGUCAGAGCAGCCAAUGGUGCCCAGUACAUCUUUCAGCCUCAGCAGUCAGUGGUUCUACAACAACAGGUUAUACCACAAAUGCAACCUGGUGGAGUACAAGCGCCAGUUAUACAACAGGUGCUGGCCCCUCUUCCUGGAGGGAUUUCACCACAGACGGGUGUCAUCAUCCAGCCUCAGCAAAUCCUAUUUACAGGAAAUAAAACUCAAGUUAUACCUACAACAGUGGCAGCACCUACAUCAGCGCAAGCACAGAUAACUCCUGCUGGCCAGCAGCAGCCGCAGGCCCAGCCUGCCCAGCAGCAAGCUCCGUUGGUGUUGCAAGUCGACGGAACGGGGGACACAUCAUCUGAAGAAGAUGAAGAUGAAGAAGAAGAUUAUGAUGACGAUGAAGAGGAAGACAAAGAGAAAGAUGGAGCUGAGGACGGGCAGGUGGAAGAAGAGCCACUCAACAGCGAAGACGAUGUGAGUGAUGAAGAAGGACAGGAACUCUUUGACACAGAGAAUGUUGUUGUGUGCCAGUACGAUAAGAUACACAGAAGUAAAAACAAAUGGAAAUUUCAUCUUAAGGAUGGCAUUAUGAAUCUUAAUGGAAGAGAUUAUAUAUUUUCCAAAGCCAUUGGAGAUGCGGAAUGGUGAAGAGUUGCUUCUUUUCUUUUAUAAAUAAAAAGAAACUUUAAACAAAAAAAAAAUGAAGUGGACGGUUUGAAACUUGGGACAUAGACCAACCAAAACUUCACUUCCGCAUGUGAGAAAAGUGCAGUAGAAGCAAGGCUCCUGGAGCAGAGCUAGACCUUGGCAACACAGACACUACUUCCAAAUGGCAAGCCAUGGAACUGUAGCACCUGGGGCUGGUGGGUAGGGGUUUGGGGUUUUGUGUAGGAAAGCCGUAAUUGUUGAUUUUAAAUGCAGGUACCUGCCACUGGUAAUUAGCAUGUAAAGCUUUCUCCAUAUUCCUUCCUCCAACUUUGGUUCAAUCAGAAGAUAACUCGUUGGAAUGAACUGAAGAGAUCCCUUUUGAUAGAUUGAAUUGAACAUGUUUAUUGUAUGUAGUUAUAUUUGGCAAAAAUUGCGUGAGGUUUUUACAAAAGGGUAAGAAUUACGGUGUUGAAUUUUAAUUCACUUGUAUAAGAAAGCAAUUUAAAACUCUCACAAUAGGUCUUAAAUAUUUUUACUUGCUAUUCUCCCUCGAUAAUAUAUACCUCGUCCUUCCCAGCUUUAGGAAACAGCUACUUCAGAUGUGAAGGAAGUAAUCAGUGCUCACGUUGUAGACGCAGACUUGAACCAGGUCUGGAUGUUGAUUUUAAUUAGGUUUUCUUACUCAAUAAAUGUAGUUUGACGACUUGGGCCUUCUCUGUGUUAGUGGAAUUAAAAUGAUAACGUCAAUUUCCUUGCUGAAAAACUUCUUUUAUUUUCCACCUUAAAAAGAAACCCCACAUUGGCUCUUCAGGAUUAUAUCUUUCUUUCCAGAAGGAACAUCUGGUUGAACUGCGUACACGUGAGUGUAGACAGACGUUUCUGUCGGGCUGCAGUAUGUGCUUACGUGUGUCUUCGGUCUUUACCCAUCCAGACAACACUCUGUUCUUUGACGCAUAGAGCAAGUGAGAAGGACCUGGGUUUUUGUUAAGAAAUUUAGUAGUUUAGUUUAUUGUGUUUACUAGUAAGAAAUAAAAAGCCUGUUAAUCUAAUUGAACAUUUUUUUUAAAGCAGCUUUGUAAUUUGAGAGGGAUAUUUGUGGGAUAGGGACGGGGUGGGCCACUGAAGUAUGUAUUUACCUCUGGUUUGGUGGCCGUUCCAGGCCAUCAGUAACACAGACAUGGGCUCCAGUUUGCACAUGUGGAAGAAAGCAUCGAAAUUUGGCUUAUACAUUAAAAAUGAUAGAAGUCUAGUAAGUGUAU